CCACGCACUCUCUCUCUCUCUCUCUCUCUCUCUCUCUCUCUCGCUUUGUCAGUUCCUGUUUCACACAGCGCAGAAGAAAACCACUUUCAAUUUAGGUUCUCUGUUCAAAUGUGGAGUCUUCGUCCAGAUACUGACUUCUUCGAGCUCCUUCUUCAGCCCUAAAACUAACAUCUGCUGCUCUGCUUACACGGAUUCCUUCACUGCUUUCCAUGUCUACUACCUUCAGUCAGUCUCGGAACAGUUCUGGCAGUUCCCGGUUACAGCUGCACCAGCUUUCCGCCGUUGGUAGUGCUUCUAGGUUGAGAUCCUCUUCUCUCAAGAAGCGUCCUGAGCCCCUUCAUCAUGCCAUCGCCGAUUGUCUCUCUUCCGCUGCUGCUGCUACCUCGCACCAUGGGAAUCCCUGCGUUGCUGUCACUGAAGCUUCUAGAACUCUUUGUGAUUAUCUUGCAUCACCUGCAACAAUUGACCUGGCUUAUUCUGUAAUUUUAGAGCAUACAACUGCUGAAAGGGAGCGCAGCCCAGCAGUUGUUGCAAGGUGUGUGGCACUUUUGAAGCGGUACCUUCUACAAUAUAAACCUAGUGAGGAGACAUUACUUCAGAUUGAUCGGUUUUGUGUGUGCAUAAUUGCUGAGUGUGAUAUGAGUCCAGAUAGACAGUUGUCACCGUGGUCACCAUCUCUGAAUCAACAGUCUGUUGCAUCAGCAGCUUUUCCAAAUUCUUUACCUUCUUUGCCUGUAUCUAGUUUCACUUCUGGGGCACUUGUAAAGUCGUUAAAUUAUGUGCGUUCUGUAGUAGCUAAAUAUGUUCCCAAACGGUCAUUCCAAGCAGCUGCUUUUGCUGGGGCCCCCUCUACAUCAAGACAGUCACUUCCAUCGCUGUCAUCUUUGUUGAGUAGAUCCUUUAAUUCCCAAUUAAGUCCUGCUAAUGGUGGAGAAUCUUCAGAGAUGAAUGAUGCUACUACUUUACCCGUUUCAAACUUAUCAAAUAGUGAAAAAGUUGAUGCAAGAGAAUACCUGAAUUACCUUGCAAUUGAUGUCUUGAAGUGGCGUUGGGUUGGAGAACAUCCUUUGUCAUUUCUUUCUGCUGAAAAUGGCCAUGCUGUGGACCUCCAAGAUAUGAGCAUACAUAAUUUUCUAAAACUAGGUGCUGCAGCUCUGCUUGUAGGAGAUAUGGGGGCCAAAAUGAAGGGUCAGCCUUGGAAAUAUUUUGGAACUGCUGAUAUGCCUUAUCUUGAUCAACUGUUGCAGCCCUCAUCGUUUACAACAAUCACUAGUUCAGCCUGUGCUCGUCCUCAUUUAAGAGCAAUAACAGCUUCUAAACGCAGUAAAUCAGGACCUCACCAAAUUUGGGAGGAUUCUCCUGUAAGCACAUUCCGCACACGUGCUCGACAACUUUUCCAGUAUCGUCACUACAGUGAACAACAACCGUUACGGCUGAAUCCUGCUGAGGUAUGCGAGGUUAUUGCUGCUGUUAGCUCAGAGACAUAUUCUCCAAGUGCUAAUAAUUUUACAGUAUCAUCUAGAUUAAGUAAUAACAGCGGAAAGCCAUCAAUGGAUGUGGCUGUGAGCGUGCUUAUUAAACUUGUCAUCGACAUGUAUGUAUUGGACUCUGGGACUGCUGCCCCCCUCACUCUGUCCAUGCUUGAGGAAAUGCUUAGUUCUCCAAAAGCAGCUUGUAGAGUUCGUGCUUUUGAUUUGAUUCUGAACCUUGGUGUCCAUGGCCAUUUACUGGAACCGAUGAUGGUUGAUGGUACUUCUGCAAUUGAAGAAGAGUAUUCACAAGAAGCAUUUUCUGAAACUGAUGAUCUACUUGCAGCAAAGGAGAAUAGAAAAGCAGAUUCUGCUGACAUGUCAGGCGCUUCAUCAGCUAAUGAUAAUUUUGAGUCUUGGAUUUUAAACAUUUUAUAUGAGAUAAUUCUUCUUCUUGUCCAGUCUGAGGAGAAAGAAGAAUCUGUCUGGGCAUCUGCUUUGAGCUGUUUACUUUAUUUCGUUUGUGAUAGAGGCGAAAUCUUGAGAAAUAGGUUAGAAGGCCUUGACAUAAGGGUCAUUAAGACACUUAUAGAGGUUAGCCGGAUGAAUUCUUGGGCAGAAUUAGUUCAUAGCAGGCUUGUUUGCAUGUUAACAAAUAUGUGUUAUCAAGUUCCUGAUGGGCCGACGCAUGAUGUUUUGAAGGCCCCUGUUUUUCUCAUAGACCAGGUUGACCUGAUUGGAGGAAUUGAGUUCAUUCUCUAUGAGUAUUCUCUUGCUUCCUUGAGAGAAGACAGGAGAAAUCUAUAUUUGGUUCUUUUUGACUAUGUUUUGCAUCAAAUAAAUGAAGCAUGUAUAGCUACUGGAGUUUCUGAGUAUAGUUAUGAAGAGAUUCAACCUCUAUCAGCCUUGCUUUCCCUUGCUGAUGCACCUGAAGCCUUUUACAUUUCUGUUAAAUUUGGGGUAGAAGGCAUUGGAGAGCUUUUGAGAAGAUCAGUUUCUACUGCAUUGUCAAGAUAUUCCAACAAUGAACGACUAAAUAUGCUCUUAGAGAAUAUAACAGAGAAAUUGGACACAAUAAUUGGUUCGUUUACUCGUUUAGACAAAGAGUUCUCCCACCUGAUGCAGAUAACGAAAUCUUACAAGUUCCUGGAAAGCAUUGAGAGUGCAGGCAUAAGAAAUAGUGUUAUCAUGAAAGCAAAGCUUGCAUGGGCUACUUUGCAUUCUCUUCUUCAUUCAGAAAGAAUUGCUUACCGUCAGAAUGGCUAUACCUGGUUAGGUGAUUUACUCAUUGCAGAAAUUAGUGAUGGAAGGGAUGUGAGUGUAUGGUCGAAUAUCAAAAACAUGCAGCAUAAAAUUGCCCGUGCUGGUGUUGAUGAUUCAUCCGUUGCUUCAGAUGUUCCUUUGUCCAUUUGGCUUAUGUGUGGGCUUCUGAAGUCCAAAGACUACCUCAUCAGAUGGGGCUUCCUAUAUGUCCUGGAGAGGCUUCUCAUGCGAUGUAAAAUUUUGCUGGAUGAGAAUGAAGUGCAACAGUUAAGCAGCAGCAAUGCUGGUCAAGAACAUGUGGAUAACCGGCUUGAGAAAGCAAAUGCAGUGAUAGACAUUAUGAGCAGUGCUUUAUCCUUGGUAGCUCAAAGAAAUGAAACAGAUCGCAUCAACAUUUUGAAGAUGUGUGACAUACUAUUCUCUCAGUUGUGCCUGGCGGUGUCAUAUGGAGAGAAUACCCAACAAUGUAAAGUUUAUGGUGGCCCAGCUGAAAAUAAAAAAAUUGAUGCUGCUGAGCGUGUCUCUCAGCAAGAGAAGAGUCCCCGGAAUGAUUUUGUGGAGGAAACUGAUGGCAGAUCCAGCUACAACAUUAAUGGUUCUCUUAAGUGUGAGACAACAUCCAUGGCAGCUAUGCUUCUCAGAGGACAGGCUAUUGUUCCCAUGCAAUUAGUUGCACGUGUUCCUGCUGCAUUGUUCUAUUGGCCGUUGAUUCAGCUUGCUGGUGCAGUAGCAGACAACAUUUCGCUGGGUGUUGCUGUUGGUAGCAAAGGAAGAGGAAACUUUCCCGGUGCUGCAUCAGAUAUUAGGGCCACUCUUCUAUUGCUUCUAAUUGGUAAAUGCACAGCAGAUCGUUCUGCUUUUCAAGAAGUUGGUGGAGAAGAGUUUUUUAGGGAACUUUUAGAUGAUACAGAUUCAAGGGUAGCAUAUUACUCUUCAGCUUUUCUUUUGAAGAGAAUGAUGACAGAAAAACCUGAUGAGUACCAACACAUGCUUCAGAAUCUUGUCUUUAAAGCACAGCAGAGUAACAAUGAAAAGCUAUUGGAAAAUCCGUACCUUCAGAUGCGUGGGAUUCUCCAGCUAUCAAAUGAUGGGCUAUAGUCUAGUGAUUCCUUUGGAAUUUUAUUGCUUCUGAUCUGGGAGAGAGUGCAUUGAUGCAUACUUGAUUUUCUUUGUUCAACACUCAUGAUCUACCACCUGGCAACAUUUGGCCAAGGUCUGAAGAACUGCAAUUGGAUUGUGAUUGAUUUUCUAGGCAUAAAUUGAAUAGUUAUUCUGAUUAAUGGAAUACUUCAACCAGGCAAAAAAAUUUGAUUUAAGCGGAGUAGCAGGUUCCUAGACCCCCUCCUUCCCAUUGAAAAUAAGAAAAAGGUCGAUUAUGCAAAUUGAAAUUGGUUCAAGCUGGGAAAUCCAUUGUGCAUAUGUGCUUUCCUGGUUGGGCUCCCUCAGUUGUUUCACCUUGACGCCUAGGAAAGUGGUUUGAAAUCUGGAGACUUGUUGCUAAAGCCAAACUACAAGAUCUUCAGGAAAUUUUUUGGAGUAAAUUACUUGGUAAUUGGCCAUCCUUCAUUUUGGCACUUUUGCAGAUUCUGAGCAUUACUUCAGGUACUUCAUCUGUCCUCAGCUUUUAAGUUUUAAAAUUAUUUAUAAAUUCAAAUUUACAAGCUAUUGUCUAGUGCUAUGGAAAAGUCUAUAAGACUUGAACAAUAUAUUGUAAAUUUAAAAGGGUGAAGGUCACACAUAGUUUUUUUUUUUUUUUUGAUACCUUGAAUGUAAAUUAUAUUUUCACUAGGGCUAAAAGAUGCAUCAUAAAGUCCCAUGUAGAUGCAAGUUUGAACUUGCCAAAUCAGUUCAUUCACUUUAUGCAAGUUUAAGAACAAGGUUUUCCUGUUAUGUCAGUUAAGUUCUAAAAGAAGCUCAAAUUUUUAUUUGUCACCCUUAUGUUGUAUGCAUGUAUUGAAGUACGUUGCUUUUUCAUGUGGAUGCAGUUAUCGGUGUGCAUUUGUCUAGAGAAGAUUUACCCGACAAUAUCAGGGUAACCCUUCUCUUUGUUUGUGCGGAUUCAUAAUUCAUCUUGUACAUUCAUUUUUUCUUUUUUAAUUCCAGAAUGACAUUAAUGCUGGCUUUUUUAAACAGGCAUCCUCACAUAAUAAAAACUGUGAGUUCUCUCUAACUCACAGGUUUAUCAACUUUAUUGGGACAAGAAUACACCUUGGAUUUUGUGUGUUUAGCAAAUAGGACUUCAAGAUGCUAGAAGCUGGCUUGAGUCACAAGGCCCUCUUAUUUUAUUUUUAGGGGCAUUGUGCAGAUGUCUGUAACCGAAUACAUCUUCAAAGUGCAGCUGAGAUGUCUUUGGAUUAUGUAUUUUUCAACUUUGUAAAUAUGUAAUUUCAUCUUAUUUUUGUAGCAACUGCGAUUGUUCUAUAAUGGGUUGAGAAAUUUUCUUGUUUCGACUUUUGAAAUAAUGAGCUGAUUUAAAUAAAUAGAAAAGUUUGGUUCU